CGAAGCGAGUGUUCCGCGCGCCUCCAGCCACCGAGAGAUGCGCAACAAAAGCAGCCACCUGCAGCACGACUCUGAGAAGCGGAGCCUCUACCCGAGAAAACCAGGAAGAUGCCAGGCUUGAGAAACCGUGACACAUGGGAACCACUGCUCCUGAAGAGCUCUCGCAUCACAUCAUGUGCCAAUGGCUGUUCUCUGGGAAUCACAGCACACUUGACAUACACUAACCCUGACCCCAAACCUGUGGAAGGAGUGUUUGUGUACCCAUUGGGUGAACGAGAGGUGGUGGUGGGAUUUGAGGCUAUACUUUCUGGAAGGCUUCUGAGUAUAGAGGUCCAGAGUCGAGGGAAGCUGGAGGACCACUGCCCUGACUGCUCCCCAGUUUCAGGCGUUCAUGGGAAGGAGUGGGCCUGCUGUGGUGAGACAAGCCAGGACAUACAGUGUUCCAACGGCCAUUUGCUGCUGGAUGAGGAUCUGGAGAGAACCAAUUUCAUCACAGGAACAGGGAUCAUCUCUCCCAUGGAGGUGGUGUCUAUUGUAAUCAGUACCACUCUGGAACUCUCCACUUUAGAAAAUGGAGCUAUACAUCUGAUCUAUCCUACCGUGCUCACACCUAUAGUAAGAGAUAGACUACAACCUGCCAAAGGUGAAAAUGGAGGGAGAUCAAAUGAAACAAGUGCAACAAGGUGUUUUGGGAGUGUUUCUGGUAAACAGGAAAAGAUGCUGGAAAUGAAUGAGCAUUGCGUUCACUCAUUAUUCUCUAGCCCUGCAACCAACCAAGCCCCUUAUGAGCUCAACUUUCAGCUGCUUGUUCGAGGGGCCUGUCUACUUGCAGGUCUUGAAAGCCCAACCCAUGCAUUGCGAGCGGAUGCAGACCCCAGUGCUCAGUCUGCCUCUGCUACCUACAUCACCCUUGCAGAGGAGCACCCUUAUGAUCGGCACUUGGAAAUCAUCUUGCACCUGAGUGAGCCUCACAACCCAUUGAUCAUCUUGGAGAGGGGCCGACUUACCUUCAGCCAGUAUGAACAGCUAAUUAGUACCCGCCGUGAUUUCAUUCGUCGGGUCCAUAAAGAAGCAGAACCUGAAAAAAAACUGGAGUUUGUAAGAAAGCGUUACCACAAGGAUGUGCUGAACAACCCAGUACUGAUGCUGAACUUUUGUCCAGAUCUCUUGUCCGAGCCAGUGGAGCUUCAACAGGCCAGCCGAGAGCUUCUGUUCUUAAUUAACUGCAGUAGAAACAUGACACAGCACAACAUCAACAAGAUCAGAGAAGGUAUGCUGGUGGCCAUUAAGAGCCUUCCAAGUAGCACGGUGAUUAACAUUGCUGGCUUUGGCACCAUUAUAAAGCCCCUAUAUGCCUCCAGCAAGCCCUGUACUGAUAUUGUUAUGGCCCAGGUGCUAGAUUAUGUACAGAAGUUGCAUGCAGAUCUGGGUGGCAGUAACCUGCUGGAGGCACUGUCCUGGGUGUACCAUCAACCUGCUCAUCGAAGCUGCCCUCGACAGCUUUUCAUCCUCACAGAUGGCUCACUCUCCAAUGUUGGCCAAGUUCUGGAAAUUGUCAGAAGGAACACCUGUAAUGCCAGAUGUUUUGGCUUGGGUCUAGGGUCAAGGGCGUGCAGGAGGCUCCUUCAUGGUGUUGCCAAGCUGACCGGAGGAAGAGCAGAGUUUCUCUGUGAUGAUGAGAGACUGCAGCCAAAGCUGAUAAAGUGUCUGAAGAAAGCUUUGGAACCUGUGCUGACCGAUGUGCGCAUUGACUGGUAUGUGCCAGACAACAUGGAGGCUCUCCUCUCACCUAAUGAGAUCCCGCCACUCUAUCCAGGAAAUCGUUUGAUUGGCUUUUGCACUCUCUAUGAUGUCUCCACAUUCAAAGUUAAGAAGAAUGAUGUGAAGAAUCAGGCCAACAGGCCCUUGCCAUAUGGUUCAUUUGGGUCAGUGUUUGAGCUUUCUCCUGGAUCAUCUGAACUGCUGCAGCCACUGGUGUUCAUGCCUGAGAGAGAGGGAAGAAAAGAAUUGGGGCAUGAAGAAGACACUGAGGAUAUGCUGAGAGAAAACUCACAAGAAAUCUCAUCUGAGUUUUCCUGUGCUCCAAUCACAGAACACGCAGACAAUUUAGCCACUGGUGACUACACUGCAAGCGAUGUGCGAUGGCGGAUGGAGCAGGCAUCAUACUUUCAGGAACAGUACACCCUAACAAGGUGCUCUCUGGGCAGUGAGAGGGGUGUGUUUCCCUCCUUCUCUCCUCCAACUGAGUGCCUGUCUCUUGGCAUGGAUGCUGCAUCACUUCCUCAUGGCCUGGAGAGAGUGCAGCCUCAACACACUCAUAAUCUCACACGCUGGGACACAUCAUGGAAACAAAACAUCACCUCAUCAGUGGAGGCAGAGUCUGGGAAGGGUGGCCGGCUAUUUGAUGGUGAGGGGUGUGUGCUCAGACAGAAAGCCUUAGCUCGUGCUGCUAUGGCUGGCCGCAGUUUUUCUUCACCACAGGGUGACCUCGACAUGCACCGACUACGAAGGGCACUGGAGAGAGUCUCAUUCGAGCAGGCAUUGGGGGGCAGACUGGAGGAGAGUGAUACAGAGACACACAGCAUUCCACAAGGAGCUCUGUCUCUUACAGACUCAAAUGGUCUUCUCUUCCCAGCUUCACCAUUGGAUUGGGAUGGUUUCACUGAUCCUGAUUCCCUAUUUGCAGCUGCUCCUGUUGUGCAGGUGCCAUGUCGGUCAGUGAUACAUGGCCUGCUGGGAUCAAAGCCGAUGUCAUGGGAAGUCAACAUGGACCUGUGUGCCCUCUGGAGUUCUGAAGAUGCUCCACGAGACAUCUGCGAUGAGAUUGUGCACCAUCUUGCUGCUCGCGCUGUCAUUCGAGACUUCGAGAACAUGGCAGAAAAGGAGAUAAACAUAGAGCAUGGUUCCUCCAAACGAUAUCGAAUGAAAGCCAUUCAGACCAGCAAGAGCUGUGGAAUCAUCUCCAUGUACACGACCUUCAGUACUACUGAUGCCAGCUCCCGUAAAUUGUUUUCAGACUCCACAGACAUACGACGCAUGGGUGUGCGUUUUGGAAGUAGACACACAACUGUUUCCAGGAGACAGAGGGAAUACUCAAUUAGACACAGACCAUCCCACAGAGACAGUGAUGAGACACAUGACACACACAGCUCUGCAGGUGUGGGUCCUAGCAGUCCAUCUGCUGCUUCAGCCCACUCUCAACGUUCCAUUGAAAGCAAGUCUAUGGAGAGUUUCUUCAACUCCAGAUUUAAUUUUGGCAAAUUGAGACCUACUCACAGCUCAGGAAGGCAAACCACUCUUAAACCACAGUGCCUGUCUGCUGAACUUGAAACACAGACAAACUCCAAAUCUCCUGACUACCUGCCCCUGUUGCGCUUGCAGCAUGCUUCGGGUGCCUUCCUGCUGUCCGAGUCGUUCUCUGAAUGCAUUCGCAUCCCACUGGAUCGGCUGAAGCGAGCUUCUCCCUACCUGAUCCACCGCAGCAGCUUAAGCCCCCCUUACCACUGUAUCUCUUCUUCCUCCACUCAUCCAAUUGCCUCUUUCAGGCUGGAUGACCAGAGCACCACUCGGCCGCUUAAUGCUAUCUCAGGCCGACCAUAUUCCAGUGAUCCUCUUACUGUGCUUGGAGAGCCCUUCAUCAAAGAGGAGGGCUCUGUUGAACUUUCAGGGGGAGUUCUACAGGCUGAUAGUGGUCGUGGCUCUGAAACAGACAUGUAUGAAGAGGCAGAGAGACAGGGGGAAGAGCUGGCACAGCUGGAUGUGGAGAGUUCUAGCUGGGCAACGUCCGUGGCUUUAGCAUGGCUUGAGCACCACUGCGCAGGCUUUUUCGUGGAGUGGGAACUUGUGGCAGCCAAGGCAGACUUCUGGCUCAAAUGUCAAUCACUUCCAGAGGGUGUAGACCUGACUGGACUGAAGGCAGCUGCGAGACAACUGUUCCUGCUGCUGCGCCACUGGGAUGAAAAUCUUCAGCUUAACAUGCUCUGCUACAAUCCAAAUUAUAUGUGACGGAACAAUUCAGUACAAUUCAGCAUGCUCUGAAACAAGGAAUUCCAGCUCAGCAUGCACUGCCAGAAGCAAGUAUAUGGUAGAAUGUUGACAUGUUUGCCUACAAAUUAACACAAAGUCUCUAAAACAAAGUUCCUAUAAGGAAUUUGUUUUUGUAAUAAAGUCACAAAUGGUUUCAUAAUUCCUUAUGAUACAGACAUACCGAUCGAUCUUUGCAUUGCAUAGUAAAGGUAAAUGCAAGUAAAUGCAGUUUAGCGUCUACCAGUAGUACAAAUAGUGGCAAUUGUGCAAAUUGGCAAGUGAAAUUGAAAGAACCGCCUACCUUAAAUAACUUAAAACAUUGACAUCCUACACCAUGUGGCCACUGUCCUAGAAUGUUUAAUGUUCACAUGUUCUCUCUACCCUUGCUUUGCAAAGUUUUAAAUAUUCAUAAUAUACAUGACGAUGAAUGUGAUAAGUGAUUAAUUAAAUGACUGUAAUAACAUAGUUUUAUUUACUUAAUACGUGCCUUCGGAAAUUGCCUAAAAUUAUUGCUGGGAUUUAACUUUAGUUUUCUUUUACAUGUUCUUACUGCUGGAAACUUAGUUGUAUGUGUUUUUGUGGCUGAAUCUUGUUUUGUUUACUAUGUAAAGAGCCUUAUUAAUAGUUGGUUGAUUGAAAUGCAUUAAGAUUUAGAUAAGAAGCUGCACUAAGAUAUCCAACAGAAUCAGUAAAUCAAUCAGAAUAUCUUGCAAUAAACUUUAUUUUUAAAAAUA